AUGAAGACUUCCAUCUCAUCAGACGUCUGGGACAAGAAGAAGGCGUUGAUCGCCCGAUUGUAUAUGGAGGAGGAAUGGCCAUUGAAACAGGUCAUCAAGCAGAUUCGAUCCGACGACUUCAAUCCCAGUGAAACCCAACUGCGAAGCCGAUUGAAGAAAUGGCGGGUUACCAAGCCCUCGCGCCAGACCAGAAAGAAGAGUCAUGCCUCUUCAGGCGAUGAGCCCGAGGAUGUCCCCCGCAAGCCCUCAGUCCAACGACCUCUGCCCUCAUUACACCGAGAGGCCCGCCACGACUGGCCCGUCCAGUCUAUCUACGGCGCCCCAGAAGACCGCAAAUGGUCCGACCCAAUGGCCCAGCAACUCACCCCAAGCCCCUCCGGCGAGCAUGUCCUCGCCUCAGACCGCUCCGUCUACCAACACCCCAGCCCAACCACAUCCUUCGAGCAAUCCAGCACCUCCCCCGUCGGCGAGGGCCUCAUUCUCAACACCACCGUGCCCCCAUACAGCAACCAGGCCUACCCUCUCUCACCAGAAUCCUGCCUCCCCAGCCCCGGCACCACAACACCGGGCCUCGCCUGGCCUCCCCGCUCCGUCUCCGCCGACUACGGCCUCAACCCAGCACAGUGGUACUCGCUUCCCUUCGAAGCCAUCACUCCUCCAUCUGCCGUGCCGCAGUCCACUGCUCCAAUGACCCCUUCCAUAAGUGGAUACAUGCCUUCGGGCCAGUAUCAGCCCCAUUACCCUUACCCAGACGGUGAUUAUCACUACGACAAGAACUGGCGUCGCGCCAUGUCUCUGCAGUAUGAUAUGCAUGGCCACCCGGUUCCGGGAAGGGAGGGUGAGAGGAAGAUGCAGUCUCAUGCUAUGGCUUCGCCUUCGACUCAGCCUGGCUCACAUCCCGCCAUGUGUGCUCCUAUCAUGCCUUAUAUGGGCGCGCAUUAUGACCAGAAGCCCCCUGUGGGCUAUUAG